AUGCCAAACACAUCUCUACGCCGCCCUCAAAAGGGUUAUGCUCGGCGGGGAGGCAAGAAUGCCUACCAUGGUGGCAACCGAACUCGAACAUUUGCUGCUUCAACUACACGCAACGAGGCUACAUCAGCCGACGAGAAAGCGGAACGGACACUCCUUGCACAGCAAAUUGACGAGUCUAUGGGGUUUGCUAGAUACGAGUCGGGUAGAAGAAAAGAGGGAUGGCUUGUCAAUGUCCAACCGACGACCGUAGCACUUGGCGACGAUCGAGCCCCUGGUGGAAGAGCGGCCUUAGAUUGCUAUUUUAUCGAGGAAGACGGACAGACAUUUAAGGCAACCGUCGAAUACGAACCAUACUUUGUCAUUGCGUGCCGAAAGGGAAGAGAAGGCGAAGUUGAGGAGUGGCUUAAACGAGUACCAGGCGGAGGUGUCGUACAUAGCAUUAGACGAGUUGAAAAGGAGGACCUGUCUAUGCCGAACCACCUUCUUGGAUAUAGGAGGACGUUCCUCGAGUUACGGUUUAGGAACGUACAAGAUUUAAUGAGUGCGAGGCGGGAUAUAAUGCCUGUAGCGGAGAAGAAUAAGAAAUCCAUGGGCACGGUUGAUGUUUAUGCAGAGGUUGCUUCCGAACAAGCGGGAUUCGACCUAUUUGAUGAUUCACGAGAUGACGAUGGACGACAUAAUGCUUCUUUUGCGGACGCUAGCGACUACGUAGUCGAUAUUAGAGAGUACGACGUACCGUACCACGUAAGAGUAAUGAUAGAUAUGGAUAUUCGAGUAGGAAAAUGGUAUUGGGUGGAAGUAAAGCAUGGCAUCACCACUAUAACGCUUAAUGAAGAACACAUCGUUCAAGCCGACCCUGUAGUAAUGGCCUUUGAUAUUGAGACAUCAAAGGCCCCUCUCAAAUUCCCCGACGCCGCUAUAGAUCAGAUUAUGAUGAUGUCGUAUAUGAUCGACGGGCAAGGUUUCCUCAUCACGAAUCGGGAGAUCGUCUCGGAGGACAUUGCAGAUUUCGAAUACACCCCAAAACCCGAAUACCCUGGAACAUUCAUGAUUUUUAACGAGCCUAACGAGAAAGCUGUUAUUGAGAGGUUCUUCUCACACGUUAAAGAGGCGAGACCGACCGUCAUUGCUACGUACAACGGAGACUUUUUCGAUUGGCCGUUUGUAGAAACAAGAGCCAGUAUCAAUGGUAUCGAUAUGUACCGAGAGAUUGGAUGGAAGAAAGAUAGUGAAGACAUCUACAAGUGCACGUAUGGCGUCCAUAUGGAUUGUCUAGCGUGGGUCAACCGAGAUUCUUACUUACCCCAGGGUAGUCGAGGUUUGAAGGCUGUUACCGUUGCCAAGCUUGGGUACGAUCCAGACGAACUUGAUCCGGAGCUUAUGACACCAUACGCGAACGAAAGGCCUCAGACGCUAGCAGAGUAUUCAGUUUCAGAUGCCGUCGCUACGUACUACCUAUACAUGAAGUAUAUCCACCCAUUCAUCUUCUCGUUGUGUACAAUUUUACCUCUGGGAGGCGAUGACGUAUUACGCAAAGGAACGGGUACCUUAUGUGAGAUGCUGUUGAUGGUGCAAGCAUAUAAGCACGAGAUCAUCCUACCCAAUAAGCACAUGUCACCUAAAGAGGCUUUUUGGGAUGGACAUCUACUCGACGCGGAAACUUAUGUCGGCGGCCACGUCGAAAGUAUCGAGGCGGGUGUAUUUCGAGCAGAUAUUCCGGUGAAUUUUGCUGUCGAUCCCGGUGCGGUUGAUGAGCUCCUCGGAGAUUUAGAUGCGGCUCUUAAAUUCGUGAUCGAAAUCGAAGAAAAGAAGUCUCUAGAUGAUGUUACGAACUAUGAUGAGGUAAAAGAGCAGAUUGCAUCGCGGUUAUUACAACUCAAAGAGACACCUAAUCGAAACGAGCGACCUCUAAUUUACCACUUAGAUGUUGCCUCUAUGUACCCUAACAUUAUGACAACAAAUCGAUUGCAGCCAGACUCAAUGAUUCAGGAGUCGGACUGCGCUGCCUGCGAUUUCAACCGCCCAGGUAAAACUUGCGACAGGAGAAUGCCCUGGGCUUGGAGAGGCGAGUACCUACCUGCGAAGCGAGACGAAUAUAACAUGAUUCGGCAUGCGCUUGAAAACGAGAAAUUUCCAGGUAAACGACCUGGCGGACCUAUGCGAACUUUUCAAGAGUUACCAGAAGAUGAACAGGCCGGUCUCAUCCGGAAACGGUUGCAGAUGUAUAGUCAAAAGGUUUAUCACAAGAUCCGUGAUUCGACCACUAUUGUCCGGGAGGCAAUUAUUUGUCAACGAGAAAAUCCUUUCUAUAUCGACACCGUCAGAGAUUUCAGAGAUCGUCGAUAUGAUUAUAAAGGACAAGCGAAAGUCUGGAAAGGCAAGACCGAAUCUCUAAAGUCUUCCGGAGCAUCAAGCACAGAGGUUGACUCCGCGAAGAAGAUGAUUGUCCUUUACGACUCUCUACAACUUGCGCACAAGGUUAUUUUAAAUUCUUUCUACGGUUAUGUCAUGCGAAAGGGUUCGAGAUGGUACUCUAUGGAAAUGGCCGGUGUGACGUGUUUAACUGGCGCAACCAUCAUUCAGUUGGCGCGAUCUCUUGUAGAACGCCUUGGCCGACCGCUUGAACUCGAUACGGAUGGCAUUUGGUGUAUGUUGCCUGCUACAUUUCCAGAAAAUUUCGUCUUUAAACUUAAGAACGGCAAGAAAUGUGCUAUCUCAUAUCCUUGUGUCAUGUUGAACCAUCUUGUCCACGCCAAAUUCACGAAUCACCAAUAUCAGACUCUGGUUGAUCCAAAAACAUUUAAAUAUGAAACGCACAGCGAUAAUUCAAUUUUCUUCGAAGUCGACGGUCCCUACAAGGCGAUGGUUUUGCCGACAUCGAAAGAAGAAGACAAGAACUUGAAGAAAAGAUAUGCUGUUUUUAAUGACGACGGUAGUCUGGCUGAGCUCAAAGGAUUCGAGGUGAAGCGAAGAGGUGAGCUCAAGCUUAUUAAGAUCUUCCAGCAGCAAAUCUUCAAGUUCUUCUUAGAGGGAACUAACCUCACCGAGUGUUACGCUGCGGUAGCAAAAGUCGCAAACAGAUGGCUGGACGUUCUUGACAAUAAGGGCUCGACACUAGCUGAUGAAGAACUCAUCGAUCUCAUUUGCGAAAAUAGAAGCAUGUCUAAAACACUCGAGGAAUACGGAAGCCAGAAGUCCACAUCCAUCACGACGGCCAAACGGCUAGCAGAGUUCUUAGGCGAGCAGAUGGUUAAAGAUAAGGGUCUUAAUUGCAAGUAUAUUAUUUGCGCUAGACCUCGGAAUGCUCCAGUUACCGAACGAGCUGUUCCUGUCGCCAUCUUUUCUGCCGCACCGGAGAUCAAGCGAACAUACUUGACAAAGUGGCUCAAAGAAGAACCCGCCGAUACCGAUCCCAGGGCGCUUUUAGACUGGAAUUACUAUUUAGAACGAUUGGGUUCUGUUAUUCAGAAGCUGAUCACUAUUCCUGCCGCAUUACAAAAAGUCCGUAACCCAGUCCCGCGAGUGGCACACCCAGACUGGCUUCAGCGGCGGAUCAAUAUCAAGGACGACAAAAUGAAGCAGAAAAAAUUAACCGAUCUAUUCACAAGUACCAAGGGACCUCUAGAAGAUAUAACAAAUCUUACAGGUUCGAGAGUAGACGAUCUCGAAGAUUUCGGGUCCAAGUUACUAAAGCCGAAGAGUACAACUGCAGUCAUCAACGCAUCCCAGCCUCCGCCAACAGCAACAAAGAGAAAAUCCCCCGAACCAGAAAAGGAGAAUAUAGACCCUUUUUCGGCUCUCCCGAAAGAGAUGCCAAAUCCCUCUGAUGACUACCCAGCAUUUUUGGAAUACCAAAAGAAAAAGUGGAAAAUCCAAAAGCAGGCCCGAAUCCGCCGGCGCCACCUCUUUGGAGACCGCCGUGGUAAUGCGAGCGGCAACAUCCAGCAGACAUUCCGCCAGAGAGCAGAAGUUACGUUCAGGAAUACGUGGCAAUUACUUCAGCUCCGAACGACUGACAAUCCAGGUGUGGUAGCUGCCUUCGUCUUGAUUGACGCAAAGGUUCACUCACUCAAGAUCAAAGUCUCACGGCAGGUUUUCCUAAACCUCAAGGGCAAGGAUCUCCCCGACAUCGAAGUUGAGGGUUGCGAAGUAGAGCAAGUCUAUCAUACUUUGCCAAAUGGACACUCGUCAACACACUUGUUCAAAAUUACCGUCCCUGAGGAUAUUUACUUUGCCGAGUCCCAAAAAUUUUCAUUGCUGUUUAAUCACCCGAGUGUAGAAGGCGUAUAUGAGAAGCAAGUCCCACUAAACGUUCGAGCAGUGCUUCAACUUGGCAACUCGUGUACCAUUGACGAAAGCCAGCCCGGUGUACUCGGAAAUGGCUUGGAUCAAGGUUUCGAUCUUAGGAGUUUAAUAAAGCCGACAAAACCCAAGGCCUACCUGGACUCUAAUCCACUUGCGUACCUCUACAUAUCACAUAUCACCGCGGGCGAGAGGCAGAUAUUUGGUGUAUUCUCCUCAACUAGGGACGAGGCCCAUAUAGUCAUCCUUCAAAAGAACAGGGAUGCCGGGCAAGACCUACCUAACGUCACAAAGAUCUAUAGUGAGAUGCUUGCAAAGAGACGACAAGAAGGAGAGGGUACUAAUUGGCAAGAAUGCUUUGCCUACCAGGAGAAAGUAGCGUUCAAAGUAACUCAGGUAACGACGCGACGAAAAGCUCAUCUUGAAAUUAGUGAUCUGAUCAAGAAGAUGAAGAAGGAUGAGUUGAAGCCCCUCAUGCUUGUUAUUCAGUCAUCUCAGCAAAGCUUACUAGUUCAUGAUAUCCCCACCCUCGCAGAGUUCCCUAUUCUUCCCCUUCGAUACGACCAGGCAGACAGCUCCCUUCCCCCUCUUGGCUGGCAAUCUGUUGUCGCUAGGCGUCUUGUUUCUCACUACCUCAAUCUUGGGUCGUGGAUUCUUCACCUCACAGCCCUAGCAAGGUAUGGCGAUAUACCCUUAUGUAACUUGGAGCGCGACGAUCCGAGGUUCCUUAUCGACGUUGCGUACGCUCGCCGAUUACAGUUAAAUAACGUAGUGCUGUGGUGGUCGCCAGGCCCUAGGCCAGAUCAUGCCGGCUAUGAGCAAGACGAUGUGACAGGCCUACUUGAUACAGUCACUAUGCCCUCGAUUAAUACCCCUGGAACGUAUGCGUCAGUUUGUAUCGAUAUCGAAGUUCGUAAUCUGGCUAUUAACACCAUACUCACAUCAGCCCUAAUCAAUGAGCUCGAAGGCGCAGAUUCAGUUUCCUUCAAUCCCGCUGCUGACUCUGCACCAUCGGACGGUAACGAGGUUUUGCAUUCUGAAUCAGCGUUUGCUAAUGCCGGAGUACUGGUACUACGUGAGAUGGUCAAGUCUUGGUGGGCGGAAGCAUGCAAGGGCAGUCCUAUGGCCGAUAUUCUUGUCCAGCAUCUAGUGCGAUGGGUCGAGUCCCCUGACUCUUUCAUGUACGACCGAGCAUUACAAUAUUAUGUGCAGAUGAUGAGCCGCAAAGCGAUGCAGCAGCUUAUGGCGGACUUCCGUCGGGUCGGUUCGCAAGUUGUGUUUGCGAAUUCGAAUCGACUACUUCUACAGACAACAAAGUCGGAAGUAGGCAACGCAUAUGCAUACAGCCAAUACAUCCUAAAGAGCAUUAAGAGCAAGCCACUAUUUCAUUUUAUUGAUCUCGAAAUCAAGGAGUAUUGGGACUACCUGGUGUGGUAUGAUGAGUUUAACUACGGCGGGAAAGCUUGCCAGGAAGUUAUUGAAGCCGAGCAGCAGAGUUUACAGACUAUCAUGAACUGGCAGAUAAAGACAUUCCUACCUCUUCGACUACAGGACACGUUCCAGCAUUGGGUUGUCGAGUUUAUACAACUUAUGCACGGACUCAAACGACCCUUAAUGGUGAACGGAGACCCCAAUGCGACACCACGUCUCACGCAGUUACCGUUGCGCAACGGGUCUCAAAGUGAUGAUGGUGAUCUCUCGCAGGCUAUCCUCGGCAAGGAUUUCGAAAAACAACUCAAGAAGGAGAUUAGGUCCCUUGUCUCGACCCAAGCUCGUGAGCUCCUUCACCCAGAACUAGCGUCGGAUUGGUCAUUCCCGGUUCUACCAGGUAGCCACUUGAAGAAUAUGCAAAAUCGCAAUGCGGUACUUGAACUCGUAAAAAACCUUAUGCAAGUCCUGUCACUAGACAAGAACAUCACCAUGGAAGCGCGGUUGCUAAGGAAAGAGUUGCUCGCACUAUUCGAAGUGCGCGAGUUUAGUAAAGAGGGUGCGUUCGCAAAUCCAAGCGAGAGCCUCAAAGUAUCACAGUGGAGUUGUCACGAGUGCACCCUCGCCCGCGACUGGGACUUGUGCCGCGACGAGCACCUACUACCGGACCUAAAUAGCUUUGCCGGUGACAACGAGGCGGAAAUACGGAGGGCAGCGGCAGCCAAGACAUGGCAGUGUCCAUUCUGCGAUGCUGAGCUGGACAGACUGAAGAUCGAGGAGAGGUUACUGGCGGAUGUGCAGAGUAUGGUGGUGGAGUGGAGCACGCAAGACCUAAAGUGUGAGCGGUGCGGCAGCGUGCGGUUGAAUGACCUCAUGGAGCAUUGUACAUGUAGCGGUCCGUGGGCGGAGAGCGUUAAGAGGGGUGAAGUGGUCAGGCGGUUAGGUGUAUAUCAAGGCGUGGCGAAGUGGUUCGGCCUCCGGAUGCUAGAGAGUCUUGUCGCGGAAGUUCUAGAUGGGCUAUAG